AUGGAAAAACUCACCCACAGGACACUCAUCACAUCGCCAGAGAAUCUCCAAUACUCCUACUACCUCUCUCCGGACUUCAACGACAAGCUGAAAGAGAAUGUUCCAACACUGAUGUUUCUUCACGGCUAUCCAGACGAUGCAUACAUGUGGGCAGGCGCGGUACCAACCUUCCUCUCCCUCCGCUACCCCUUCAUAAUCAUCGACCUCCUCGGUUUCGGCGACUCCUCCAAACCCAUCGACACAAAACUCUACAACUACAAAACCCAAUCCACCAGCAUCUCCCAAAUCCUCGAUCUCGAAAAAGUCCCCAACAACAUCAUCCCCAUAGGCCACGACUGGGGCUCCGCAACCUCCCAACGCUUUUAUCUCUACAACAAACACCGCUGCAUCGGCCUUUCCCUCCUCUCUCUCGCCUACCAAAUCCCUUCCCCCAACCCUUUCAACCUAACCUCCGCCAACGAAGAAACUUCCCAACGUUUCGGCUACCCGCAAUGGGAAUACUGGAAUUUCUUCACGCAUCCCGACGCUGCGAACCUCAUGCGGAAAAAUAUCGAAAGAUUCUAUGAAGUCAAUCAUGGAAACUUCAUCGAUGAAAACUCCGGGAGAGAUGUUUGGAUGCGAGAAAUGUUUUGUUCUCCGCACGCCAUGUAUGAUUAUGUGACGCAAACCGGAACUUGGAAGGAUCGAAUCGUGGAAUUAAAGCCUUAUGCUCGUGAUCCGGAGCUUUUCGCUCGGUUUAAGGAGAGGAUGACGAGGGAUGGGUUUGAGGGGCCGGUGCAGUAUUAUCAUUCUUUGAAGGAUAAUUCUAUGAUUGAAGAUGAGAGGGCGAUUCUUGAGGAGGAGGAUGGGGCGAGAAUUGAGGUUCCGGUGCUGUAUAUUGGGCAAACCGGGGAUUGGGUUUGUAGGACUGAUUUGAUGGAUGAUGCGAAGAAAGCUGGGUUGGUGCGGGAUUUGGAGGAGAGGGUUGUUGAGGCGGGUCAUUGGGUUCUUUAUGAGAAACCGCUCGAGAUUGCGGGGAUUCUUGAGGAGUGGUUGGGGAGGAGGUUUGGGUGA